GAGGGAGGCCGGGCGGGGUUGUGAUGCGGCCGUUGUUUUUGUAGGGUCGCGGGUCGUGCUGCGGAGAGGGAAAGGCGGCCCAUGGAGCCGGGGAGCGCCUGGCGGGCGGCGUAGCCCGGCCCCCGCCGCUUUGUUAGCGCAAACACACAAACGCGCCCAAACGCGCCUCACCUGGGCGGCGAAGAGGAGGGAGCGCUCCCAUACAUAAUGGGCACUCGGCUCCUGCCCCCCGGGCCGCCGCAGAGCAGCGGAAAGAAUGUCGGCGCGGGCCGCGGGUGACGUCAGAAGGGAGCAGCGCAGAGCGGCGGCGGCCAGGCAGCGGCAGCGGCGGCCCCGGCACGGCGAGGGAGGCGCAGGCGGAGGAGGCGGGAGCGGCGCCGGCCCCGCCGCCACCGCAGCGGCAAUGGCGGCCGUCGGGGAGCGCAGGUCCCUGCCCAGCCCCGAGGCGAUGCUGGGGCAGCCCUGGAGCCACUGGGUCGACGCCGCUAAACUUCACGGGAACGACGGAACUGCACUAGAAGAAAGUUUCAAGGAAUACGGGAAAAAUCGAGAAGCGAUGCGACUCUGCCGAGAAGAUAUGCCAAUAUUUGGUCUUUGCCCGGCUCAUGAUGAUUUCUAUUUGGUGAUGUGUAACCACUGUAAUCAGGUCGUAAAACCACAGGCAUUUCAAUCACAUUAUGAAAGAAGACACAGCUCCUCCAGCAAGCCGCCUUUGACUCCUCCCUCCUCUUCAGUAUUUUCCCUCAUUUCAUCUUUCCCUUCAAAAAACAAAGGUAGCGGCGGAAGUGGGAGCAAUCGUUCAUCCAGUGGAGGUACUAGUGCAUCAUCAUCAUCAUCAUCAAGUUCCAAGUUGUUGAAAUCACCCAAAGACAAGCUGCAGAUCAGCGGAAACAACAGGUUAAUGCAUCCGGUACAGCAUAGCAAAGUUCCCCAUGAUAAAAUUAUGACUCCAUCUGUCAAAGUGGAAAAGAUUCAUCCAAAGAUAGAUGGUGCCCAACUGAAAGCUGCUGUUGGUCCAACUUGUUCUACUACUGUGAGUUCCUCAAUAAAGACUGGCCUUAAUUGUCCCUCAAUACCAAAGCCACCCUUGCCUUCCCCUGGACAGAUACUGAAUGGUAAAGGUCUUCUCUCUGUGCCUCCAUUUUUGGAAAAGAAACCUGAAGAAAAUACAAAUAAUAGGAAAUUUUUACAUAAAAGAUUGUCAGAGAGAGAAUUUGAUCCUGAUAUAUACUGUGGUGUCAUUGAUGUGGAAACCAAGAAACCCUGUACUAGGUCUUUGACCUGCAAGACACAUUCCUUAACGCAGCGGAGGGCUGUACAGGGUCGAAGAAAACGAUUUGAUGUGUUGUUAGCUGAGCACAAAAGCAAAACCAGGGAAAAGGAACUUCUUCGACAUUCGGAUCAUCAUCAGCAGAUGCCCCCUCUCAGGGAACCACAUCCCUCACCUACUAAAACUUCCCAGGAGCUGCACCAAAAUUCUCAUGGAGUUACUCUUACAGAAUCAAAGCCUUUAUUACCUAAUAAACCCAAACCUCACCCCCCCAGUCUUCCAAGGCCUCCAGGCUGUCCAGCCCAGCACAGUGGAAAUGCCCCCAGUGAUUCUCCUUCAGUCCACGAGUCCCCUCACCCUCCCUUGCCUGCAGCUGAGCCAGCAUCUCGGUUAUCCAGUGAUGAGGGAGAAUGUGAUGAAAAAGAAGAGCCUGUUGAAAAACUGGAUUGUCAUUAUUCAGGUCAUCAUCCUCAACCAGCCGCUUUUUGCACAUUUGGUAGUCGGCAGAUUGGAAGAGGUUAUUACGUGUUUGAUAAGCGGUGGAACCAUAUUCGAUGUGCACUUAACUUCAUGGUGGAGAAGCAUCUUAAUUCGCAGAUGUGGAAGAAAAUUCCACCAGCAUCUAGUAGCACAGCAGCAGUUCGUGCACCGCACCGGACAAAUGCGAUACCUGCUUCGCAGUAUGGGGUCAGCACGACGGGUUUCCUCCUCCCCACCACUGUUAUGUCCUCUCCAGCUCUGGUGUCUCCUUCCUGUACGUCUCUGAACAAUAAAUCGGUACCAUCACAUGGAACUACACUAAAUGCAAAUCCCGCUACCUUGGGUGCAGUGGAUCCUGUCUGCAGUAUGCAAUCAAGACAAGUGUCUUCGUCUCCUUCAACACCUACAGUGCUUUCCUCUGUACCUUCACCUAUGCCCAGCAAACCUCAGAAGUUGAAAUCCAGCAAAUCUUUUAAACCUAAGGAAUCUCCUGCUGGCAGUGGCACCUGUAACAGCACCGGCAGCGUCAGCAGCGGCGGCGGCUCAGGAAAGAAGCGUAAAAACAGUUCCGCACUGCUAGCACCUUCUCAUUCCACAGAGUCCUUCAGAAAAAACUGCGUGGUUAACUCUGGAAACUCUGGGACCUCCUAUCACCCAUCGGUGACAUCUUCGUCCCACAGCGUUGGCCUCAAUUGUAUGACUAGCAAAGCUAACUCCGUUAGCCUCAAACAUGACCAAUCAGGGAGGGGUCCUCCUACUGGAAGCCCUGCAGAAUCAAUAAAAAGAAUGAGUGUGAUGAUGAACAGCAGCGAUUCCACUCUCUCCUUAGGGCCAUUUGUUCAUCAGUCCAGUGAGCUGACUGUGAACUCGCACAGCGGUUUUUCACAUUCGCAUCCUUCCCUAGACAAACUAAUAGGGAAGAAAAGAAAGUGCCCACCUGGUUCUAGCAGCAUAAACAGCAGCAGCAGCAGCAAGUCAAACAAAGUUGCCAAAUUGCCAUCGGUGAAUAACGUUCACGCAAAACACACUGGUGCAAUCCCAGGGACACAAGGACUGAUGAACAAUUCUCUUCUUCAUCAGCCAAAGGCACGUCCCUGAUAGCUGAAUAUACCAUGGUGAGAAAAGAACUGGACAGUUUUCACUACAAGCAAAACCUCCAUCUGGAAUUCUGGACUCCAAGAUGCCUUGAGUUUUCCCAGCUUCCCAUGGUCCUCAGGUGUGGAAAUCUACUGGACUGUCAUUCAAACAAGGAAUUUCCCUGAAGCCAUGUCUGUAGCAGUGAAAAUACUAGAAAUGGACACUGGAUGAAGUUCAGCCACAUAAUUGCUCUUAUCAGUGUUAACGGUGGUCUGGACUAGUUUGCUACAAAUCUGUGAGAUUUACUUACAGGAGUACUUCAUCUUGCCACUAUUUGACAUAGAUUGGCUGGGCAAAGGAAUGUUUUCUGGGGGGGAAAUAAACAUUACUGUGGACUUAUUUUUAUACUGAUGGUGUCUUUUGUAGGUGAUAGCUGCCAGGUGGACACUGUCAGCAGAGGGGACCCCACAACAAGGGGCACAAAUGCGUGAGGCACAAUGGAAAGAAGCCCUCGAGAAGGGAAUAUGGCUUUAGUGUUUUUAUAGCAAUGUUCCUUUAAUGGAAUACAAAAAUAGCACAAUUCAAACAAGCAGUCUGCGUUUUGCCCAGCCUUUUGCAAGUGAUUUGGGAUAAGAAGGUAUCAGGAGUUUAAAAACAAACGUUGAAACACCAAUAGGAACAGUAAACAGCAAAAACUUGUUUGAGGCCAUGGCUCAGAAAGCAAGUAUAAAAAUGUUGUGCUUGGGUGAUACAGAAAUUAUUUUUUAUUCUUUUGGAUAAGAUCUGAUUGCAGAAGAAGUUAAUUGUUUUUUAAGCAGUCCAAAAAUAUGAAGCAAAGGCAAAUAACCUCUAGAACUAUGUGCCCAAAGAACGUAUUUCUUGACCUUUACUGUAUGCCAUCAACCUUUGUUAUUUGUAAAAUAACAACCGUGUUGGUUACGUUAGGCUGGCUUGGCCUUCCAGCCUGUAAAAAAAAAAAAAAUAGCCCUUUUAAAGUGAAGUAUUUAAACUAUUUAAAUAUUUUCUAAAAAAUAGUAAUAAUAAUAAUAAUAAUAAAAGUCACUUAUUUUAUGCCUUCUUUGUAGAACUGAAGCUUUGAUGCUUUCAACCACUCAGAUUUUAUUUUAUUUCCCCAAAACUGGGGAGCGGAUGACAGCUGAGUUCCACGUCAGGUGCAGCUGUGCGCAUUGCAGCCGUUGUGCUCCUGCCUGGCACUGUGAGUCGGGGGCUCUGCACGGUUCUGUGCACCCUCUCAGUCUGCAGGAAACGUUUUGUGUUGCUUCAGAACACCUCAGAAGUGAAUUCAAGGGCUCGUUGUAUUGGGGUUUGGUUCGUCGGGGUUCUUUUGUUAAGUUUUUAGGUAAAGUCUCAAAACGGACUGAACUUUUCUGAAGGGGCAAAGCCAAGGCAAGCAAAGUAUUGACCAAGAAGACAUUUUUCUGCCUUAAAGGGGCACCAGCUGUCGCUGAGAACAGACAAUCUGAGCCUGUCACGUUGUUCCCGUUGCCCAGCCUUCCCCAUUUCGGUGGCAAGUUGUACAUCAGGGAAUCCAAAGCCACUACCAGUAGCAGUCGCUGAGUUGUUUACCUGACGAUGCUUUCAGUUUCACCUGAACUUGCUCCAGAACCGGUGUCGUACGGCAAAGCAAGCAGCCUCUAUGCAGACACUUGAGCUUCUGAAUGGAUACAAGAGAUCACUCUUAGAAAGCGACGCGUUAUGGACUCUUAUUAUGCAAACUUUAAUUUAAAAACAAAAUCCCACGCAACUUUUCAGGAACAGAAGGAUUUGUGAUUAAUAAGGCGCCCUACUGAAAGGAUUGUUGGAACUGUGAUGGGUUUAACGUGAAAGGAACCAAAGUAUUACGCCACAAAGAGAAAUCAAAAUGCAUCAUUCAGUCCCGCACGCGUGGAAUCAAAUCCAUGCUGCGAGGAAAUCUCUGGGGCAGAAAUGUCACUUUGGGACGGUCUCAGUCACAAGUGCGAUUCGACUCUUCUAAAUACAAAGGAGACAAUUUGGCAAGAAUGGAAUCUCGUGAGUUUGCAACCAAACUCGUUCAUAAGGUUCUGUUGAUCCGAAAGCAAAAUGCAAACUCGUGCUCCUCCGGCAGCACAGGAAGGGAGAGCAGAGCCGGGCUGGAAGCUGCUGGAAGAGCGGGCUGCAGCACUGCGGGUCUGUGUGCCCAUGGGCAUGGAUGGAGCUGCCUCCAUGUCGUGUGUGAGAUGUCGGCUACAAGCAGAGCGUUGUUCCGGAGCUUCUACUGUCCCCUGGUUCUGACUGUAAAUAACAAAGGAAGCUGAAAAUCAAUUUUCCUAGCAAAAAUGAAUUUGCAGUGGCUGGGUUGUUUCUAGACAGAUUUUGGUAUUAAUUUAAGAGAUACACUUUUUAUAGUCUUUCCGACUUCUCGUUAUGACUCCUGCAGUUUUCUUAACCUAAAAACAUUGCUGCAAUGAUGAACAAAGAAUUAUACAAGAAAAAGAAAAACAUACUUUUGUAUCUUUAUUUUGGAAUUUCUUGUUCUAUUAUAAAUAUUGAAGUAUCCCUAUUUCAGAAGACGUAUUUUGUUAAUUGAUUGUACAUAUUUAAAUAUGUAUUUUUGCACAGGUCUUUUUUUCUGAUAUCCAGUUUUGGUACAAUUGAGAUCAUCUAGUAUUUAUUUAUUAAUUAAUUAAAAAAAAAAAGGCAAAAAAAAAAAAAAAAGAAGAAGAAAAAGCAAAUACCUUUUCUGUUAUAUAUAUAUAUAUAUAUGUGUGUGUGUGUAUAUAUAUAUAUAAUUUGAAGUGGUUCACUGCCAAGCCAAUAGCAACAUGCCUACUUUGCAACUCAAGGGGUGCCUCCACGUGCCUGGAGCCACAUCCCUGCCACGUCCCUCGCUCCGCUGUUGCUUCUCGGUUGCCUGAUCCAGAGGACUCCGUUUAGUGACACACUGCUUCCCUUGCUUCGCGUUGGUGUGUGCGUCCGUGUGGGUCUCACGUGGUUUCAGACUAAAGGAAAAACUGAAAGUGCCUGAUAGAACUCGAUCUGAGCUCGGACUGCUGAGACAGCUUCUCCUUAAAUGACUUGAAUGUUCAGUUGAAAUCUCGGAGCUUGCUUUUUCCACCUAUAUAUAAUAGAUGUGUGUGUAUAUGUGUGUGUACAUAUAUAUACAUACACGUUUAUAUAUAUAUUUUCUGAAGUUGUUGAGAUGGAUUGAUGGCAGAAAAGCAAACAGUGCUGGUGAGUUUUGUGCUUUGUUUCCAUUGGAGUACCUUGUGCUGGAACAAUCCCAUUAGUAGUGCAGAGCGGGAGUAGCGCCAAGAGUUCGGAGCGUGGGCUUCCUUUAACCAGCAGUGGAUUGAGCUGUGUCAUUUGGGGCAGGAAGGGGAUGGGGGGUUAUUCAUCCAUAAGUGAAACAACUUAGGAAAUGUUCCCAAAAGUCCAUAUUCCGGGAAAGGAAAACAAAAACCCAGUAAGUACCUCUCGACACCACUCAGAAAUAAAGAUGUAAUUUCCAAGUGACAUUUCUAAGGCAGUUUGUCUUCCUGUAAGAGUUCUCUUGCCAAGGAAUCUCUCUUAUCUCUCACUCAUUCUGUCCCGGAGGAGGGAAUUGGGCUUGGAAAGAUUCUUCACGUUUCGCUGUUGAGCAGAAAAUAAUCAUUUUUACAUUUUGUGCGAGAUAUUUUACGUUUUAAAGAGGAUAAUUUGAAAAAUGAGCACUACGUAAUGUCAAUGUGAAUGUAGGCCUUGAAAGCGUCUUGCUCGGUGUUGAGCCUGGUUCUAAAAGCAAUCUCCUGUGUACAAUGUGUGAAUAGUUUGAUAAUUUGUAUACAUAAUCAAGAGCAUCUGAUCAGCUGAACUCCGUGUUGGCUGCUGUAUAGUACAUGAACAAAUGUCAUGGGAUAGAAAAAUUACUUUGGAUAUUUAAAAGAAAAAUAAAUAUAUAGUCUAUUUGUUUUGUAACAAGUUUCUGUAAAUAAAAUAAUUUAUACUAUUUAUAAGAAAAAGUUGUGCUUUGCUUCAUGACAAAGAUUAGUUUGUUGAACAAACAUGUUACUAAACAAGGCAAUAAAAUUAGGACUUUUCAAUAAAUGAGGUUGGUUGCAUGGAA